UUGUGCUUGAAGCCCAGUGAACAGCCUUUUCGAUUACAGGAUAACAGACACAAGAUAAUUUGCAGCAAAAUUGCAUUACGCGAUAAAUAUGGCAAAGCUGCCGUAACAGUAAAAACGUCAUAACGGAAUUAGAUCACGUAAUAGUGAGGAAGAAGCCGGGCUUGUGUGAGUAAAGACCGAACUCGUCAUUUUUCCUUCGAAUGAUUCCAUCGGGUAAAACAUUCAUGAAAUAUGCAUUUAAUGGUUCACAUCCGUUUCUCGGUUCGCUCACCGCUUAAAAGAAUUCCAAAACAUGCGAAAAAUUAACUCGUAAACCGCGGCAAUACAAUUAAAGUGGCUCAUAAAUGACACUAGCGUCCUUCGCACACGUGCUUUCGUGUUUGCAGUGAAAUGCUGUUGGCAAUGAUCCAAAAGACCAGGCUUCAUUCGUUCCAAAUAAACCCUCAUCAAAAUCGGCAGGAUAUGACCGAAAGAGGUGAUGGAGAGAAAACGGCUCAAGACUGCUGGACGUUGAUGACGCGAGCCGAAAAAGUGCUACUUUUUCUACUGGUAUUGGCGCUGGUCGGACUGGUGGCGCUAUCUGCUUUCGUCAUCGCCCACUUCUUAAACGAAAACCACUGUGAUACCUCUGAAUGCAUCGAGGCCUCCUACAAACUCCUCAAAAUCAUCGACUUCGAUACAAAUCCCUGCGACGACUUCCACCAAUUCGUCUGCGGUCACUGCAUUCCAACCCAAGAAGAAAGAAAAAAUGACCUUAUCGCUGCAGAUCUCCACGAAGAUGACAGCGCGGUUUUAACAACAGUUAAACAGUUCUACCAAGCUUGCACGAACGAGACUACAAUUAACGGAGACAACGAGAACACCCUUUUCACUUUACUGUCACAAAUAGGUGGUUGGCCACUCCUCAUGGGCGAUGAAUGGGACGAGGAAAACUUCAACUGGCAAAUUUUCAUGGUACAAGUGCGACGACUCGGAGUCAGAUCCGACUGGUUGCUCAGUUUUGACUAUUACGAAGACGAGAACGGUACAAAUCUCUUAUUGAUUAAUCCACCGAAUGUGAGGCCUAAUGCUUUUCGGUUCAAGUCAGCGUACUACCAAGAAGUUAUAGGACAACUAAUUUCGAAGUUGGGAGGGUCCAACCCAGUUCAAGGGCACCUGCAGCAAAUGAUGCUUUUCGAAGAUAAUUUGCAUCGUAUAAGCGAAAAGGUUCGUAAGAAUUUGGAAACGGAGGCAGACUUUACUAAAGUGUCUGUGGCAAAAAUGAACGAAUUGUGGCCUACGAAUCUACUGUAUGAGGUUUUAAAUGGACUUGCCAGAGGUUACUCGGUGUUUACCAAUUCUACCACAAUAGUGGUUGCUUCUGAAAACUACUUGUAUGAACUGCAUAAACUGCUGAAGGUCGUUCCUAAACGAACUCAAGCUAACUACUUUGUUUGGAAAACUAUAGAAGCGUAUUUGCCGUUUUCGUCAGACGAAAUUCGAGAAACUUACGUCAAAUAUGUGGAAUUGGGGAGUAGAGAGGAACAUUGUCAUGCUGAAACAGUCAGGAGAUUCUACAGCGUUAUUGAAGAUGAAUACGUUCGCAAAUACAAAAGUGACAAUACCUUCCCGUUGUUAAAAGAAACAAUAAACUUAAUAUAUCAAAGUUACAAUGAAAGCGAAGAAGCAGCAGCAGAUGUUGUAAUUGAAGGACCUGAAGGAAAACAGUCCGGCGUUACAAAUAUUGAAUUUAAAUCUGACAAAAUUAUCAAAAUGAUAAAUGAAAUUCAGUUCCAUGUAGAAAAUGAGUUUUAUAGUUGUCUUCACAAAAAGUCGGAUGCUUGUGUCAAAGAAAGUUACUAUGAAGACAGCAAAAAAUUGGAGACUUAUUUUGACAGUUCUGACAACACCAUUCAUUUACCCUACAAUUUGGUGUACAGCGACUCCUUCAUGUGGGACCAACCAAACUACAUAAAUUUUGCAAAAAUAGGACGCACAAUGGGUGACAAAAUUAUUGAAGCUGAAGAAGAAAGGCUAAAUUCUUCAAUUAGUAAACAAGGAAUCGAUAUAGCCUACCAAGGCUACAAAAAAUGGCUUCAAAUCAAUGGAAUGGAACGAAAAUUACCAGUGCUCAAUUAUACCAUAAAACAACUCUUCUGGAUUCAUUCCAGUACUAUGUAUUGCUCUUCUGAGGAAGACAUGAAAAACAAAUUUGAGGAAGUCACACAUUCUCAUUAUUUUAAAGAAGAUUUUCAGUGUUAGCGAAAAAAUGUGCAAGGCUGGAUGUAAUAAAAUGCAUUUAAAUAAAAGGUUGUUAUAGUUUUUAAUAUU